AAGAUGCAAUGGCAAUUUGCAGAUGGGCGGGAUACCCAGAUUUGUUUAUUACGUUCACAUGCAAUCCUAAAUGGCCUGAGAUUACAAGAUUUUUGAAAAAACAUAACUUGCAGCCGGAAGAUCGACCAGAUAUUGUAUGUCGUGUAUUCAAAGUGAAGCUUGAUUCUUUGAUAAAGGAUUUCCGUCGCAACAAAAUUUUCGGUGAUGUUAGAGCAGUUGUGUAUACAAUCGAGUUCCAGAAACGUGGUUUGCCCCAUGCACACAUAUUGUUAUUUUUGGAGAACAAUUCUAAAUUUCCAACCGUUAGCGACGUUGAUAGAAUUAUCUCGACAGAGAUUCCUGAUCGCAUAGUUGAUCCCGACUACUACGAGGCCGUUAAAGAUCUUAUGAUGCAUGGUCCCUGUGGUGUAGGUGUUAGUUUCUCUCCAUGCAUGGUUGAUGGAAAGUGCUCAAACCACUUUCCAAAAAA